UUAUGUGAACAAUAGAUAGAAAAGCGUUGGAAUAAAGAUAUUACUACAAAGAGUAUCUUUAUCAGAAUUACAUAUUUCUCAUUUAUAUACACUGAGAGAGAGUUGUUGACUAAAUAUUUCAACUUGAUUACAUUUCUUCAGUUCAAGUAUUUAUGUACUUAACCGAAAUACACAGAAUGCUUAAACGUCCGUUUAAGCAUUUAUAUAUGUACCUUAAAUACACAACUACUUGUACCAAAGAAAUUUAAUUAAGUUGAAAAAUUUGGUUUCUCGACUUUUUUCUCAAAAUGUGAAUAUAUUAUAAAGAAAGCACAUUUUUUUUCUUCACAUUGAAUUUUCCUUCCGAGAAGACAGAAAAGGCAAAUUCUAUUUCAUUGCACUCAUAAAAUAUAUUAUAUGUUAAAUACAGUGUUAGUUUAAAAUUUAAAAUGAAAAAUCGUGAAAUGCUACUUGUUUAUUAAAUUCUAAUUUGUUUUGGAAUUGUAGAAUUUUCUCCCUCUUGUGUGUGUUUUAUUGAUAGAGAUAAAAUUGUCAAGGUGCUUAACGUAAAAAUCUCUCCGCAAACAAACUACCAUCAUUAAUCUGUCUUUAAAACAAUUAUUAAAUUUACGAGAUUGAAAUGGUUUCGCGGAACAUCUACUCCAUAAAAUCUGUUGCAUAUGCAUAAAGCGUAAUGCUACGCUCGAGCUAUUCACUAGACAAACGAUACCUAUUAGUAAUGUCUACGUACAUUUUAACGGUCGGCAACAAUUAUAUCGCUGCACAUAAAACAAAACGGUUCGUUGAGCAAGAGUCGCCACAAUUUGAUCAAAUAAGCGGCCUUGAUCGCCCAAGAAUGCCAUUACUCAAGCGCACGGCGCUCUGUUCUCUUAUUAUCGGAGCGAAUAUUUUCUAUCAAGUACUCUCACGUAAUUCACGUACAUUUUAUCUUAGCAAUUUUUUUACAUUUGCGAUUAACAUACAAAUUGUUUCACGAAGAAAUUUAAUUUUCUCGGAAAUAAUCUCGUCUUAAUUCUUCGCAUUAAAAAAAUAAAAUUUUAAUUGUUAAACUGCUUUAAAAAGUAAUAUUUUGCAACAAAAUAAUUCGCAAAUUUAUUAUUUCAUCAAACAAUUUAAACGUUCGUUUGUCUAAAAAAAAAUAGAAUGAUCAACAAAGGAAAGUCAUAGAGCUUUAUAAAUCAUUUUAUUUUUUCAUAAUUUGUAAUGUAAUUUUAACAAAGUUACUUAACGAGAUAAUAACUGCAAAUUUUUAUAUUAAUUCAUACCAAAUAAUUACACAUUUUACAAAAUUUGGAUUUUAUAUCUUUAACAGUAUUUUUUACAGACCGAUAUAUCGUAUUAAGCUAGGAAAUGUUUGAAUUAUUCAUCCGUCAAUAGAGUUAUUGCAAAAUCCUGCCAUUGAUGUUUUGAUAAAAUGUACGCUAACUGUGUGGGCACUCCAGCAAAUUACAGUCCUGUACUCAAACUGGCAGCUGCUUUAGCCGAACAAGCGGCUCGCAAUUGUGGAACGCAUAUGUCAAAGUCAUAGGGGCAGAAUGCUGAUUCAAUCUUUUGGUAUCUUUUUAGAAAACUCGAACGAGAUGAUUUGUAACACAUUUCGUCACGUUCUAGAUCGACCCUCGUACAAUACGAGUACGAUUUCAUCCUCUUAUAAAAAUCAAAUUUUCCCCGGAGAAUAUCUUUCGAGCAUUACAUAAAUAAAUUACUUUUACAUCAAUUUGUACAUGGUAUAUUAGAUACAAUAACAUACAUUAAAUGUAUAGGAUGAACAAUUGAAGAAAAAUUCGCUGAUAAAUCUAAAUAUCUGUUAAUGACAACACUGUAGCUUAAAUUACACGCAUUGUUUCACUUUCGUGAUCUUCUCUAUUCCUUGAUCAUUAAUGAAAGCGCUGCAAUCGCUCUAGGAUUGAUAAAUCCUAUUUAAGGUUGAAUAAAUAAAUUUACAUCCUAUUUGUAUAAAUUAUUGGAUACACUCAUCUUAUGACAUAGCCAUAAUCGUUAUGGCAAUGAGUGUACUCUUAUUUAAUAGAAAAGCGCCUAACGUGAUCCCGAGUAAGUUCAAAGUUUGCUUGUGUAUCGAAGCUGAGACCCAACGAUAGUUUUCAUUUUCACUACUAUCAACAAUAGAGCCACUGCGGAAAAAAAAUGUAGCGGCAUCGCAGCCCACUUCUUCCAUUCACCACUAAAUCUGAAAUAACCCAAUUCAUUGUGUGCGAACAUUCCCAAGGUGUACUUAACUCCCGUAAGGAAAAAAUGAGAGGCGCGGACAGGAGGGGGGAGAGGAGAAGGAAGUACGAAGAAGUACUAGUCAACAUGAAGGCUACCUACCGUUAAUCUGAACGUUAAUGCGGCUCGGUGCACGAGCAUAAGUCUCGCGUCAUGCGAGAUGCAAAUGCGAGCCGCAUCGCGAGGAAUUUUUUGUUGCUGACAAGCCGAGCGCUUCUUUCACCGCGCCACGCCGCGCCGCGGCGAUGUUUCCCGCGUGAUUCGCGCGAUGUCGAAUCAGACGACGCGUUAAUUAAUUAGCGCGUUCACCUUCGCGGAGCAAAGAAUGAAUAGAAAAGUGUAUAGACACAAAAAAAAAUGCAUAAUAUGAUGCGGUAUACGCUUAACGAGCAGAAAUCGACCAAAACAAUGCAAUGUUUAAUGUAUGAGCCUUCAAAGUGUAUGCUAGGAAGAUACCCUAGACCUUUUAAUUUACAGAAUUAGAACUAGAUUGUAACAAUGACAAAAAAAUGAAUUAAUUAGUGAUAAACCAAGUAUAAUUGUAAUGAUCGUUAAAUCGUUUACAUAAUAUUAAACACAACAUAAAAUUACGUUAUUAUACUCGUGCCAACAUAUUGUUAUAACGAAUAAACAAUUGUCUCUUUCAUUAUCACAACUUUAAUUGAAAUAUUGUAAUCGUGAAUUAAUAAAAGUUUUGAAAAAAGAAAUCGUCAGAAAGAACAUUGAUUUGGUUGAUUUACGUUUAAAAAGAUUAAUAUGAUAAAUAUUAUCCAAUUUAAUCGCUCGAAUUAAAUCUAGUUUUUCCAUUAUUAAAUAUUUAAUACUAUUAUUCCUUAAUGUUCUUUGUUAAUUAACUAACUAACUUAUCUACUUAUUUUAACACUUAUGAACGCUUUAUAUUUAUAUGUAUAAUACAGUGUUUAUCCAUUACUGGAUCGUUUCUUUUGUCCAUUAAAUCUUUUACGCUAUACAUCGUAGACGCCUGUUAAUGCCUGCCCUAAAUUACAGUAAAAAAUUUUCGAAGAUGUACAAAUAUAUAUUAUUUCUGCAUUUAAAUUAAUCCGCGUUUUCUACAUCCGUUGAACUAGCGUUGAACUAACCCUUGCAGGCGAAACCGGAAGAUUAUGACCAGCUCGCAACACGUUAGAGCGCAGCUCGCCUAACCCCAACGCAGCUCACAUCCAAUUCCACGAUCUGUAUCGCGCGAACGCGCAAUCUCCUCCGGAUCGAAAGGCGAGAGAUAUCUAAAAUUAACGGUCAACGAUGGACGAAACACCCCCGAGCAACGAGAACGCUUUGUACUUCGCCCGGUUUCGUCGCAGUUGCCGCAACCGCGAGUCUUAUGACACGAUCGCGGAACUGGCGGCUGAAUUGCGGCGUGCCUAUAUGGUGAAAGGGCUGCAGGCUCAACUCGAUGAGAAACAGGCGCACAAAUACGCCGAGCUCGUGCGAAAACGCGAGGUCGCCGACUUGAUCCGGCAGGAACAGCAGGAAGUGUUGGAGGAGGAUCUCCGGUGCCAGUCGGAGAUCCUGCGGAAGUCGGAGGAGUACAGACGGCAGUUGGACGAGCAGUUGACACGAAAAGAGAAUGAGAGAAGAGUCAUUGUGGAGGAAGCACGCGAGUACAGGAAGUUCUUGGAAGAAGUGGACCGAGAGCAAGAGGAACGGGAGCGCUCGAAGGCGCUGGAGAAGAGGUGCAAGCUGGUGGAGAAAACGAGGCAAGAAAGAGUGAUCCUCGAAGAAACGAGGGAGGCGCGUCGACAGGAGGAGCGCGAGGCGGAAGAGAAGAAGCGACUGAAAGAUCUCGAGUACUUGAAGGAGAUAGAGGAGAGAUCGAAGGAGAUGAGCAGGCUGCGACGGGAGCAGAUAGAGAGGCGCGAGCGUGUCCUGCUGGAAACAACGAGGCUGAUGCUGGACGCCCAGGCACGAAAACGAGAAAGGGAAGAGCGACUGAUUGAUCUCGUGGCAGAGGAGAUCAGGUGCGAGCUUGUAAUCAGGGAGAUGGAGGAGGCGAUGCGUAGGAAAAAGAUGCAGCAAGAACUGGCAGCCAGUUUACGGGAACAGAUAGUCUUCACGGAACGGUGCAGGCUGCGUUUCGUGGAGGAGGAUAAAGCAUGGGCCGACGAAGUUAUGAGAAAGAUUAUGGAAGAUGAGAGGAUGGCGAGGUGCACGGCGGAGGCGAAAAGAAGGCUUAGAGUGCAGUACCGGAAAGACCUGGAGAGUUUGAUUGAGCACCGCCGCAGGAUUCGCGAAGAGGAGAUUGCUAGGAUUGAGGAAAUCGCUAAAGAGCAACAGAAAUUGGAACUACUCGAGGCAGAACGUGCGAAGGAGGAGAGGAAGCGCUUGUUGAUGAUACACGCAGCUAAUAUCGCCAACUUUGUGAACAGGGCGACUCUCACUGCCGAGGAACAAGAGAUGCUCGACGUAUUAACGAAGAAAAAUAGGGACGCUGAAAAUAUCGAUGAUGGAGGCGCGAAAGAUUGAACAAAGGUGAUAGAGGCGCUAAGAAAAUUUCAUUUCCAGAUAGCAGUGUCGGCGAAAGAAUCGUUAUAAUGAGAAGGUAGAGAAUAACAAUAAUGAAAAGUUAUUGUACUAUCCGUGGAAAAAAAAAAUGGCAACGAUCGAUCUGGAUUCAUCGCAGUAUUCGCAAGUAACUAGAAUUUGUGGGACGGUUAAUAAAGAGAAAGAAGCUAAGGUCGACGAAGGGAGUAACAUUAAAGUUAGCAAGGAAGUGCAAUAUAUAGCUGGAAAAAGAAAGAAACUUCGUUUGGCAAGAAGCAGAGUUCGAAAGAGUAAAGGCCAAAGAAAACGCAGUGAUCGACGAGGAGAAAACUGAGAUUGACGACGACAGUGAUGUUAAAGUUGAAGAACGUGUUUCUUCCUUGACGUUACGUGUACCUUAUUAACAAGAGAGGAAAACAAUUCAUAGAAGAUUAAAAUUCGUUUAUUCAGCAUUUGCCUUUGAACAAUUUCAUCGAUCGUUUCGUUAAUAAUUUUUAAGAAAAACCGAGUAUGUGUGAAAGAAUGGGGAUUCGUGGUUAAAUGAACAUGUAUACAAUGUUUGCUUUUAAUAAAAAAGUUAAUUACUGGAAUAAAA